AUGAGCCCGGUUCGCCACACCGAAAGCAGCUCUGAUCGACCCCAAAACCCUGAAUACCCUCAUCCCAACGAGCCACCUACCUCCUUGAACGCCUGUUUCGAAGCACCAGAAGCAGCAAUGGAGGCGAGAUCGAUGCCCUCCGCUGUGAGAAGCGACAAAUUGAAAGACUCGUCACAAUGGCGAGCAUGGUAUAUGCAAAUAAAGGCUUUUGCAGCACAAAGAACAGUCUGGGAUCUCUGUAACCCAGACACCGACGAAUUGCAUCGUCCAAAGGCUCUGGAAGAGCCAAUUGAGCCUGAAUACCCUGAGGAAGGAAACGAAAAGACCCUGAAGGCCUGGAGAGAUCGCUUGGAGAUCUACAAGAUCAAAGCGAACCGCUGGGAAAAGCAGCAAAAGGGUCUGAAUGAAGUGAAUGAUUAUAUCAUCACUUACCUGGACAACUCCCUACGUCUCAGUGUCCUCAUAUAUGAUACGCCUAUCGGACGCUUAGCAUACCUCAAGAAGCGCUUUGCCCGAUCUUACGUGUAUGAGGAGGAAGUGCGUAUGAAAUGGAAGGCUUUCUCUUCUCAAAGGCCUACUGGAGACGUCGAGAAAUGGCUGUUCGACUGGAAUGACCUACGAGAACAAGCUAUUAACCUCGAACUUGACGAGGUGAAGAGUGCAAACAAGGACUUCCUCUAUGCAAUCAAGGAUGUCUCACCGGUUUGGUGGCAGGCGUAUCACGAGAAGAUCAUCGUGAAAGGCAAAUCAAUCGAUACACCGGACCUGAUUGAAUCUUUUCGAGCGUCAUACCAGGAUGCGGGACCUAAUAGAGCGACACCCUCUCCGUCGGCAAUGAAGGGCUCUUUUUCUACUUGGCAAGGUCACCAAGAAGCAAGGAGUGGCACCAAAGACGUAAGGGGUGGGAAGAAUGGCAAGAAUGAGACGCCAUUCGACAAAAGGCCAUGCCCUUGCGGACGAAAGAACCAAAAACACAAUGCCGUUAAUUGCUUUAUCGUGAAUGAAGCAAUUAGACCCGACUGGUUCAUUCCAAACAAGGAAAACUUGCAAAAGGUCGAGAAAACGCUCUCAGCCGACCCAGCAUGGAAGAAAUGGAUAUUUGAAGCCAUUGAAAACGCUAAAACGCCAUCGAAUGCGGUCCAAUUGAGGAGCAUUGACACUCCACAGCCAACGAAGAUAGCAGAGAAUAUGUCCUUUGCUAGCAGAGCAUUCGGAUCUCACUUCGCUGAUUCUUCAUUUAAAGAGCGGUGGAUUCUUGACACUGGAUCAGGUGUACACGUCUGCAAUGAAAAGAGUCGAUUUGUGAAUCUCCAACCAUGUAAGGAGACUUUAGCGACUGGAGACGGUACCACUGCUGUCCUCGGACGCGGGACAGUCAGACUGACUGGCGUGGACCCGAUAUCGAAGCAAGAAAAGACAAUCACGCUAAGCAAUGCCUGCUAUGCACCUGGUUUUCACGUUAACUUAGUGUCGUACGCAAGGUUGCGAGAAAAAGGAGGCUUUUGGUCUGAAUCUAGAGGCUAUAUACAAGAUCACCAAGGAAUCCCUAUAGUCAGCCUGAGACUAUGGCAUCAUGACGGAUUAUGGGUCUUUGACCAACCAAAUGAAGACAUUCGCAACUCUGCGAAUGCUGUGAGAUCUUCCUCGACACCACUGCAAGAAAAGGCAUCGGCUGAUCUAUGGCACCGGCGCCUAGCUCACAUUCAGCACAAAACGGUGCAUCAAAUCCAGACUAUGGUCGACGGAGUGAUCAUUGAAGGCAAAGAAGACGCCUAUAAGAUGUGCGAGACAUGUCAACUCGGAAGGUCAAAUCGCCAAGUGUCAAGAAGACCAAUUGGACGGGUUUUCGGACGUCUUGGGAGAGUGCACUUUGACCUAAUCCAGCUCCAAAAGGCUUACAAUAAGCAUCAUUGGAUCUCUCAUUUCUAUAUUGAAGGUAUUAGGUUUCACUGGAUCCUAACGCACGAAUAUAAGCCCGAAUGUCAGCUUGCAAUCAAUCAAUUCGUGCAAUUGGCCAAGAAUUGGUGGAACCUACCUAUCAAGGCUUUCAACUACGACAAUGAAGCGGCAGCUGGACGGCCGGCGGAACGGAGUUUGACGUCAGACGGUAUAGUGGUCUAUCAUAGCCCACCUCGACACCCUGAAAUGAAUGGCCAUGCUGAACGGUCAGGGGGUGUCAUCGUGCUCCGCAUGCGAAUGCUGAUGAUAGAGGGAAAGCUCCCUAAGGAACUAUGGCCAGAAGCUGCAAGGGCAGCAGUAUGGCUAUUGAAUCGGACUCCAACGUACCUGGCAAACGAGAAACGCUGGAUUAUCCCAUGGGGAGAAGUGAUGAAGGAGUUCGCAAGCACUGAUAAAACGGUACCAAGAAUCAACCUAUCGAACGUCAGGUUGUACGGGAGUCUUGCCUACUGUCGUAUCGACAAGCAAGUUCAAUCAGAUAAGAUGAAUCCUCGCGCUGAGGUAGGAUUCCUGGUCGGCUAUAUGGCUUCAAAUGUGUGGAGAAUAUGGUUCCCACAGAGUGGGAAGGUGAAGCUUAUUAGAGACGCAGUUUUUGAUGAAUCGCGCCGCUAUAUGCUUGAUUUUCAGCACUUCCAACCUAUUCCAAUGCCAUUGGCUAAAGAACCCAAGGAACUGGACCAAUCGGAAGCUGAAAGAGCCUUCCAAGCAUCGAUAUCAACUGGGUCGAUGCCAGAAUUCGAGAUAGGAAGCACCAACAAUGAAGACUUAGAUGAAGCAGAAACCCCGAAAACCAACAGAGAGGUUUUUUCAGCUGAAAAACAGUCUCUAUCUAGACAUCAGGGGGUGUAUAGCACACCCGAUCGGCAAAUUGAAGCUACUGAAGCUAUUACCGAAAUUCCCGGAGCUUUUCCGCAAGAGAUACCGCUAUCUCCGACUCCACCUUAUGAAGAUCCUGUAACUGGUCAGGGGGUGGAGACAGCAUCGGAAAUGCUCGCAAAUGACCAGUCACAGGAGACCCAGGAGACGUCUAUCGACAUCGUCACCGAUUCGGACGGAGACGCUGAAUUGCAGCUACAAGCGGAGCUUCUUAUACCGCGAGAGCUCGCCCCGAGAGACAUCAACAGUGACGUGAAUGAGGCAAAUAUAGUGACUGGCUCGAGAAGAAGGACAGCAAGAUACGACAACGCAUACAGCACAAUAGAACCACCAGCUUACCUCCAUGCAUUCGCAGCAGGCCUAUACGCUGAGAAACCAAUACGACAUCAUCAGGAUGAUCUCCCUGAGCUUCCGAAGCACUGGAAGGACGUCAUGAAUCAUUCAUUCCAAGAAGGGUUCUUAGCAGCAAUGAGAAAAGAAAUAGAUUCGCUUACCGAAAAAGCGACAUUCGACACCGUGGAUCGCCCGAAGGACCGAGGCAAGCAGAUCCUACCGCUUCGCUGGGUCUUUGCAUACAAAUUUGACCAGGAUGGCUAUCUUCUGAAGCUGAAGGCAAGAAUCUGCGUUAGAGGUGAUCUUGAGACGAUCUCUUCCGAAGAAAAGAGAGCUGCUACACUAGCAGCUAGAACAGCAAGGAUGAUCUUCGCUCUAGUCGCAGCAUUUGACCUCGAUUUGAGACAGCUGGAUGCAGUGACGGCAUUCCUGAAUAGCAGACUUGAGAAGGAGGUGUAUACUAGAAUGCCUGAAGGAUUUGUGACAAUAGGAAAAUGCUGGAAACUUCAGAAAGCCCUAUAUGGACUAAGAAUCUCACCGCGCCUGUGGCAGCAGGAAGCGGCAAGAGUUCUUAUGAAAUUAGGGUUCCGACAGGUCCCAGAGGAUCCAUGCGUCUUUAUAGCAGACAGCAUUAUUGUCUUCUUCUAUGUCGAUGAUAUACUGAUAGCAAGCCAUCGACUCGCGAGAGAGAGAGCUAAUCAACUGGAAAGGGAUCUCGAAGCACAUUGGGAACUUACUAACCAUGGAGAAGCAGAGUGGUUCCUGAAUAUACGCAUUAUUCGGGAUCGGAGUAUGAAGAAGCUAUGGCUUUGCCAGGAUAGCUACAUUACCAGCGUGGCAGCUAGGUAUAACCUCACUGAUAGACCACCAGUGUCUACCCCAUUGCCAAUUGAAGAAUUGAAGUCUUAUGAAGGCUUAGCAAGUGCAAAGGAGAUCCACCUAUACCAGCAAAAGGUCGGAUCAAUGGGAUACGCCACCACUAUCACUCGGCCAGAUGCAGCAAAAGCAACUGCGAAGCUUGCUCAAUUCCUGACCAAUCCAGGACCACAGCAUCAAAAGGCAGCAGACCGAGUAAUCAGCUACCUUUACACGACAAGAUAUCUCGCCAUUGAGUACAGUGCUCAAUUGGACAGCGAGAUUGACUCGGUGCAGCUAGCGAGUGACGCGUCAUAUGGAGAUCACGAAGAUAGGAAGAGCUCUGCAGGCUAUAUCUGCCAGGUCUAUGGAGGCCCGGUAGACUGGAAAGCCACGAAGCAGCGAACGGUGACUACCUCCACUACAGAAGCAGAGCUCUUAGGACUGUCAGAAGCAGGAAAGCACCUCCAAUGGUGGAGGAGGCUAUUAGGACAAGUUGGUUUUGAUCCCUCUCACGUUAUCACCAUUCAAUGCGACAACGAGAGAGCAAUUGGACUGAUCACAACUGAAGACGCGAGUUAUGACACCAAACUCCGACACGUGGACAUUCAUCAUCUCUGGCUAAGACAGGAAAUAAGAGCUCGGCGUAUCGCUGUACAAUGGGUGCCGACGGCCAACAUGGUCGCGGACGGUCUCACGAAAUUGCUAUCGAGAUAG